UGAACCCGGCAGCUUUACAGCUGUUAGGCGCAGUCGGCCGAGGAAGGUGUGAUGGCGGCGGUGACUCAGGUACCCGUAAACAGCACCGAGGAGGAGCAGCCCCUCACGGCGGCUGAGGAGCUGGCCGCCCAGAAGCGCGAACAGAGACUGCGCAAAUUCCGGGAACUGCACCUGAAGCGGAAUGAAGCUCGUAAAUUAAAUCACCAGGAAGUCAUGGAGGAAGAUAAAAGACUAAAGUUACCUGCAAAUUGGGAAGCCAAAAAAGCUCGUUUGGAAUGGGAACUGCGGGAAGAAGAAAGGAAAAAGGAGUGUGCAGCAAAAGGGGAAGACUAUGAGAAAGUUAAAUUGCUAGAGAUCAGUGCAGAAGAUGCAGAAAGAUGGGAGAGGAAAAAAAAGAGGAAAAACCCUGAUCUGGGAUUUUCAGAUUAUGCUGCUGCCCAGUUACGCCAGUAUCAUCGGUUGACCAAGCAGAUUAAACCUGACAUGGAAACGUAUGAGAGACUGAGAGAAAAGCAGGGAGAAGAGUUUUUCCCAACAUCCAACAGUCUUAUUCAUGGAACACAUGUGCCUUCCACUGAGGAAAUUGAUAGGAUGGUCAUAGAUCUGGAAAAACAAAUUGAAAAACGAGACAAAUACAGCCGGAGACGUCCUUACAACGACGAUGCAGAUAUCGACUACAUUAAUGAGAGGAAUGCCAAGUUCAAUAAGAAGGCUGAAAGAUUCUAUGGGAAAUAUACAGCCGAAAUUAAACAAAACUUGGAAAGAGGAACAGCUGUCUAAUCUCCUUCAGGAACUACUUUUAGAAGUUUGGGAAUGGAGUGAAAAUACCUGCCAGCAAAUUGAAGUUCUUUUAAAAAUUAUGCUAGUAAACCAGGACUCAAUCUAUACCUUCCCACUCAGCAUUUAGAAAUAAAUGUUUUUUCUUAAAUGUAUUCUUCCAUGUAUAUUUCCAAAUUUUUGUGCUUGACUAUAAGCUGUAUUUCUUGUAGGUACUUGUUUUGUAAAAAUCUACUUUGUAUAAAUUCUAAUUAUAUUAUUUUUCUAUGUA